CCCCGGCGCCAGCGGCGGUGCGCACGCCGCGCUUCCAUCGCAUCGCUGCCCCCCGGCGCCAGCGGCGGCAGCGCACGCCGCGCGUUCAUCGCAUAGCUGCCCCAGCGCAGCGAUGCGACUCGUAGCGCUCCUCGCAUGCGCAACAGCGCAAAGGCACAUCGCUCAGCGUCAAUGGGUGCGCGGCGAAGCAAGAACAAAUGCGGCAGCGGUCGUCCUCCCGCCCCAAUUGCUGUGGCCCUGGGUCGAGGAUGUAGAGAUAGAGGGCCUCUGCGCAACCGCCUCAGGAUUGGGCGCCGACGCGGCCGCGGCGGCGCCGAAUUGUUAUAAUAUGAACGAAGGCAUCCAGAACACGCAUCCGCUGCUGGUAGCGCCGCUGGCCUUCGCCGCGAGACGAGCGAACGAGACGCAGAGCGUCGUGCCGGCCGUGUUGUCGCUGCAGCCGGUCGACGGCCGCGGCCGAGCCUGCCGCCCGCCGGCCCACGUCGACGUCCUGAUCCAGCCGGCGCCGCCCGACGACGCGCCGAGGGUCUUAAUAGCCUACCCGCCCGUGGGCUACUCGCAGGACCACAACGCGUCCGUCGAGAUCUUCAUUCACGUGGCCGGGACCUUUCCGGAAAACGCGGUCAUCAAGGUCGAGUUCGAGGGCGGGACCCAGGCCCCGGCCCAACUCGGCGUGGACAUGAUGUCCAUGGUGUUGACGAGCGUCGAGCCCGCGACGCACGUCCUCGGUUUUACGGUCGGGUUGUUCGACGACCACUACCUGCCCGGCAACGCCGAGGGCUGGACGCCGCUCGGGCCCAAAAAGCAGCUGGCUUUCGACGCCGUGCUUACAGACGAGGAAAUUGUGCGCCAUCGCGUGCCGGGACCGCCCUUAUCCUCAUACAUCCCGCAAGUACCCCACAACGAAUUCGAAGUAGUCAAUAUAUUGAUAGUGGGCAGCAUGAAGUACGACGGCCAGAAGAACAUUUAUGUCCAGCAGCUCACACAUAUGGAUAGAACUAGAUUCAACUUUACGUAUGCUUCGUUCAUGGGCGACGAGGAUCGGGCGACGUUCACGAAGCUACCACGCAUUUUGACGGAAUUGGGUGUGGAGCCGGUCUGGCGGCCGAUCCCGCCCAUUUCGGGGGACGAGGCAUCAACUAGCCAUCCCGACCUCGGAGCCUUGGUCGAUCGACUCGAUGGCAAGAACAGUGAUGGAUUGAACAAUUACUUGCUGGAGGCGUUGGCCUUAUCAAAUAAUGUGCCCGAAAAUACGUCACCGCCCUUCGUGCGCCGUACAUGGUUACACUUAGUGGAGAACUUGCGGCACCUGCGGCCGGACGUCCUCGUCUUUGCCAACGCGCGGGAUCCGUCGGACCUCAUUCUAUGUCGGGCCGCGCGGCUCGCGGUACCGUCCGCGAAGCUCGUGAUGGAGCUGCCGAAUUUGUGGCCCCAGCUCUGGGAUUUGGAUUUGAUUGUGGCUCCGAGCCACUACGCGGCCUUGCACUUCUCCGUGCAGGACGCUGUACAUAGUUUACCGGUGGAUCGGCGUCCACAUGUCGCCGUCGUGACUCCCGGUGUUGAUGCCACAAUCUACGGCAACGUCGAGCGGGCGGCGUGUCCGGUGGAAUGUUCACUGGCAAAUGCGAGCUGGCCCGUGAAUUGGGAACGUGACGGCGCCAAGGGCUGCGCGGCGUCGUGCGAAAUCGUGGGCUUCUUAGCGCGACUCUCUCCCGAAAAGUCUCCCGGAUUACUCGUGCACGCCGCGGCCAUCAUCUUAGCUGCAAGACCGUUGGCGCGUAUUGUUUUUGUGGGCGACGGUGCAGCCAGAAACAUGUGCGAGGAACUCGCGCGGGCCUACGGCAUUGAAAAUCGUGUCAUUUUCGUGGGCGCGGUGUAUGGAGCAGAAAACGUCGCUUCGUAUUAUGCUUCGUUCGACGUCGUCGUGCAGCCGGCGCUGCGGGCCUGGUCCGAGACGUUCUGUAUUGCGAAUCUGGAGGCCAUGGCGUCGGCGCGUCCCAUCGUGUCCUUUGGCGUGGGAGGUGUGGGCGAGUAUUUUGUGGCCGCGCCGACGCGGGACACGUGCAACGCGUCCCCGGAGUAUCGGGGGUGCACGCCGUCCGAACCGCCGACGGGCGUCGCCGUGGACCGCGCGACGCCCGAGGCUCUGGCCGAGGCCGUGCUCGAGCUCCUCGAGGACGCUGGCGGGCGCGACGCGCUCGGCCGCCAGGCGCGGCGCGCGGCGGCGGAGGCGUUCUCCAUCGAGGGGUUCCUGGCGAAGUACGCCGUGCUGUACUCGCGGCUGCACCGCGGCGAGGACUUGAGCGACCUGCCGUUUGUGAUAACUUGAAGUAACUGUGGUCCCGUCCGUCCUUCGUCGCGCGUUCUCGUGGCACUUUCGUGAGGGUUCUUCAUUCGUCCGGGCGGGACCCGCCCGGCGUGGAGCUGUCGGAAUACCUCCCGUUCCACUCGUUUGUCUUGCUUCGUACGGGCUGAGCUGAGCCUUGGGCUCUCGGGCGCCUCGUCCUUGCGAGCACGAAGCGCGCCGCCGCGCGGUUCUCAGGCAGCUGACUGCGAGACGUCGUCGCCACACCCCAGGGAACCCGCUGUCCAUCGCUGCGGGCGAAGGGCUGCGCGCAAGCAAAAAGUAGCAGAAGUCACGCCCCUCCGAGACGCCAUCGACGCGCCACUCGCCAUGUCGUACGCAAAGGUCAUGGCCAGCCUCAACGCGAGCAGCGCCGCGUCCGGCGUCGAGGUGGAGGUGAAGAAGCGGACGCCCGACGGUUCAUAUAUCCCCGCCGACGACCGCGACUUCGCCACCGCGGACUUCGACGCCGAGCUCGAGGCCGCCGUGAAGGCCGUACAAAGGUUACCUAGGGACGAGCGCCUGGCCUACGGGAAAGCCAUGCGUGUCGAAGGCAACGCGCAGUUUGAGAGAGGCGACCACGCUGAUGCGAUUCGGACGUACGCCAAGGCCAUGGCCGGUCUCGAUUUGUCUUGUGACCGAGAGGCGACGCUGCGUAGUGUCGCCCUGCCGCUCUGGACGAACUCGGCGGCGUCCUACCUGGCGCUGAGGCGGCCGCGGGAGUGUCUCAGGUGCUGCGACGAGGCGCUGAAGAUCGACGGCGGACACGUGAAGGCUCGUCUACGCAAGGGCGCCGCGCUCCUGGCGUUGGAUAGGUACGACGAGGCCCUCGCCUGUUUGGAAGCGAUCGAAUCUAACAGGGAGGCCGCGGCGUUGAUGAGGAAGACGCGCGCCGCGCAACGCCGCACGACCCGCAUGGAGGCCGCCUACGGGAAGUGUCUCAGCGCAGCGUUCAGCGACGGUCUUGGUGAUACGCGGUCCGGCGUCCGGCGGCGGCGGUCGGGCGAGGCGGAGACGGAGCGCGCGCUGCGGCAGGCCGCGCGCGCGGCGGCGGCGCACGACUGGGCGCUGGUGGGUUGGGUGGUCUUUUGCCUCGUGGUCGUUGGGUCGUACGUGCUGUGGGGCGAGGCGCUCGUGCGGUACUUGCUGGCCGUUGCGCCCGUGUGA